CAGGAUGAUGUGUAGAUACCAGAGACAGUGACAGAUACCGCUGACUGAAUAACGUCUCCCUGGACAUAGCUAGAUGUGUGUUUAGCCAGAUACUUCCUACAUAAUGGAUUUCAACGUGAAGAAAUUAGCUUCGGAUGCUGGAGUGUUUUUCACACGAGCUGUACAGUUCACAGGGGAAAAGUUCGGACAGGUAGAGAAGACUGAGCUGGAUGCCCAUUUUGAGAAUCUGCUCAGCCGUGCCGAUUCCACAAAAAACUGGACAGAGAAAAUCUUCAGGCAGACAGAGGUUCUGCUGCAGCCAAACCCAAGUGCCAGGAUUGAGGAGUUCCUGUAUGAGAAGCUUGACAGAACGGUUCCAUCCAGACCAAAUAAUGGAGAACUACUGGGUCAUUACAUGCAGGAUGCGGCUAAAGAUUUUGGACCUGGAACUCCAUAUGGUAGCACCCUGAUCAAGGUAGGUGACUGUGAGAGGAGACUAGGCGGUGCACAGAGAGAGUUCCUACAGACCUCCGCUAUCAGCUUCCUUGCCCCACUCAGGAACUUUCUGGAAGGAGACUGGAGGACCAUCUCAAAAGAGAGGCGUCUCCUGGAGAACCGCAGACUGGACCUGGACUCCAGUAAAGCACGACUGAAGAAAGCCAAACUAGCGGAGUCCAAGGCCGCGGCUGUGCCUGAUUUUCAGGAGACCAGACCCAGGAAUUAUGUCCUCUCUGCCAGUGCAUCUGCGCUCUGGAGUGAGGAAGUGGACAAAGCAGCGCAUGAACUUCGAGUGGCCCAGACAGAGUUUGACAGACAGGCAGAGGUCACACGACUCCUGCUGGAGGGCAUCAGCAGUACACACGUGAACCACCUGCGCUGCCUGCAUGAGUUUGUGGAGGCACAGACAGCCUACUACAAGCAGUGUUACCUGCACAUGCAAGACCUGCAGAAAGAGCUGGGCAGGUUUCCCAACGCGUUUGCUGGUAACCCGGGUCUCUCCAUGGCCUCCGGUGGCUCCUCUCCCCAGGGGAAUGCCACCCUACCCCAGGACGCUGCCACCGCUGUGGAGACAGACACACUGAAAAUCGAAGAGGUACAGGCCCCCGCCACAGGCACACGCAAGGCCAAGGUCCUGUACGACUAUGACGCUGCCGACACCAGUGAGCUCUCCCUACUGGCUGACGAGCUAAUCACAGUUUACACAGUGCCAGGCAUGGACUCUGACUGGCUCGUUGGCGCGAGAGGGAACCAGAAAGGGAGAGUGCCUGUCACAUACCUGGAGCUGCUCAGCUAAAGAAACUACACUCAAAGAAAUACAUGGAGACACACACACACACACACACACUCACAUGCCUUCAAACAUGCAGACGUUGACGAAUUCAAACAAGCAAACACACCCACUGUACAUUCUGUACGC